AUGCAGCGUGACCAGGACAAAGCCACGGGCAUGAGUGGGACAGUCCUGUGCCUGUCCCCACUGUUAUCUCUCCUGAACCUGGAGUUUGAUCACGGAAAGGCCAUAAAGAGUGCAGCUCCUGGCGGGGAGGGGUGGGUGGGUGUUGUGCCCCUCCCCAUUGGCACCGCUGCUGCUGAACUCUGCAACCCCGCUCCAGCCUUGACCCGGGGGGGGUGGAGGAGCCCGGGGGGCGGCGAGGGCGGGACUGGGCUGGGAACGGGGCAGAGCGGUACCCACGCGAGGCUGUGUCCUCAGGUGCCCGGGAUGAUGCAUCUGCUCCGCCUCACCUGGGCGCUGGCCACACUGUGCCUGGUGGUGGCCAACGCCGACCGCACGGCCGCACCGCCGGACAAAGCCUCCAUCUUUGCCGACCUGACGCCGGCGGAGCUGCACGCGGUGCGGGAUUUCCUGCGGGGCCGCCCGGAGUUGGGGCUGUCGGCACAAAGCGGGGACACGCUGGCUCAGAACACACUAUUCCUGGUGGAGCUGCUGCCCCCCACCAAGCGGGCGGCUCUAUGGCACCUGGAUGGUGGCGGCCCUGCGCCCCGGCGCCAGGCACGAGCCGUCAUCUUCUUCGGGGCGCAGGCAGAGCCCAACGUCACCGAGUUUGCCGUCGGGCCCCUUCCACGGCCCCGCUCCUACCGCCCGCUGCGCCUCAAGGGCGGCCGCACCGCGCCCUUCGCCGCACGGCCCAUGACGAUGCGGGAGUACGAGCUGCUGCACCGCGCGCUGGUGGCGGCCACCGAGCCGCUGUACCGCCUGCUGCGAGACACCUCCGGCUUCUGGUACCACAACUGCACCCAACGCUGCCUCACUUUCUCCGACAUCGCACCCCGUGGGCUGGCGCCCGGUGAGCGCCGCACGUGGUUCAUCCUGCAGCGCUUCGUCGAGGGCUAUUUCCUGCACCCCGUGGGGCUGGAGCUGCUGCUGGACCACCGCGACCCCGACCCGCGCCGCUGGGCGGUGCAGAGCGUCUGGUACAACGGGCAGUACUUCUCCAGCCCGCAGGAGCUGGCCGAGCGCUACGAGCGCGGCACGGUGGUGGUGGCACAGCUGCCCAACCCCGCAGCCCCCCACCUCUUCUCCACGUACAUCCCACGCGGCCGUUUCACCACCGGCACCACCACCGAGGUGCACGGAGCCAAAGUGUGCGAGCCGCAGGGCCGGCGCUACCGCCUGCGUGGCAACCGGCUGGAGUACGGCGGCUGGAGCCUCGCCUUCCGCCUGCGCUCCUCUGCUGGCCUGCAGCUCUUCGACGUGCGCUUCAACGGCGAGCGCGUGGCCUACGAGGUGAGCGUGCAGGAGGCCAUUGCCUUCUACGGCGGAGACACGCCGGCCGCCAUGCAGACCAAGUAUCUGGAUGCCGGCUGGGGCAUGGGCUCCGUUACCUACGAGCUGGCGCCCGGCAUCGACUGCCCCGAGGUGUCCACCUUCCUGGACGUGCACCACCUGUAUGACAGCGAGGGGCCGCGGCGCUUCCGCCGUGCGCUCUGCAUCUUCGAGCUGCCCACCGGCGUCCCACUGCGGCGGCACUUCGACAGCGACUUCCGUGGGGGGUUCCAAUUCUAUGCGGGGCUGGAGGGGCACGCGCUGGUGCUGCGCACCACCUCCACCGUCUACAACUACGACUACAUCUGGGAUGUGCUGCUGUACCCCAACGGCGUGCUAGAGGCCAAGGUGCAUGCCACCGGCUACAUCCACGCCACCUUCUACACGCCGCGGGGCCGCCGCUACGGCAGCCGUGUGCACAGCCAUGUGCUGGGCAACAUUCACACGCACCUGGUGCACUACAAGGUGGAUCUGGAUGUCGCAGGCACCGGCAACAGCUUCGAGACGAUGGACAUCAGCUUCGAGAACAUCUCCAACCCGUGGAGCCCCGGCGCACGCGUGGUGCAGCCCUGGUUGCGCCGGCAGCCGCGCCGCACGGAGCGCCAGGCCGCCCUCCCUCUGGGCGCCCCGCUGCCCCGCUAUCUGCUCUUCUCCAACCCGCGCCAGCGCAACCGCUGGGGCCACGCGCGCAGCUACCGCAUCCAGCUCCGCUCACACGCCGGGCGCGUGCUGCCCCGCGGCUGGAAGGAGGAGAAGGGCGUUGCGUGGGGCAGGUGGGGCCGGGGGGGGGGGGUGCGGAGCCCCAUGCGCUGCCCCAGGGCUGACACUGUCCCCAAACCCCCACCCUGAAGGUACCACCUGGCCGUGACGCGGCACCGCGAGAGCGAGACGUCCAGCAGCAGCCUCUACAACCAGAACAACCCCUGGGAGCCCGCUGUCAGCUUCGAGAGCUUCAUCCGCAACGAUGAGAGCAUCGAGGACCAGGUGAUGAGGGGAGAGGGCUGCUGGGGGGGCUGCCGGGGUCCUGGUGCCACGUGCUGCGCUGAUGGCCGCUACCCCUCUGUGCAGGACCUGGUGGCCUGGGUGACGGUGGGAUUCCUGCACGUCCCGCACGCUGAGGACAUCCCCAACACGGCCACCCCUGGUAACAGCGUUGGCUUCUUCCUGCGUCCCUUCAACUUCUUUGACGAGGACCCAUCGGUGGCGUCGCGCGGUGCCGUCAUCGUGCGCCCGCAGGACCCCAACUUCACGCGCCUGGAGGUGCAGCGUUGGACCCCUGACAGUGCUGGGCCUUGUGUGGCACCAGAGCCCUUCUCCUACAAUGGCACCUACUGGCCCGUGUGAGCACCACGGGGGGGCUCAGGUCGUGCCUCCCGUGUCAUCCUCUGAUCUGUGGGGCUGCAUGCGCGGGGCCCCUGAUGCUGCAAUAUUUCAUGGUGCCGACAUUGGCAGUUGUCGUAUGGCUUUUGUGUCCUUACAGGGCCAUGUGCACCCA